AUGGCUGAGAAAAUCUAUAAUACCAAGCCAGUCGUUCGUAUUGUUAAUGGCCGAGAAGAGUACCGGAAGUUAAGCGAGGCCAACGAGCCAGAAGGAGAAAGACUGAGUCACAGUAGUUUUAGUACAUUGUUAUGUGCUACCAGCUGUGGGAUUGCCAGAGAGGGGUUCAUGAAAGGACAGAGUAGUAUAAUAACAAAUAUAGUAUUUGUACAAAGUGACAAUAUGACAUUGAAUCGUGACAACGUGGCCGAGUGGUUAAGGCGAUUGACUAGAAAUCAAUUCCUCUCUGAGGGCGCAGACAAGGAUAUUGAUGCCAGCUUACUGGUUUCACCGGUAAUUGGCAUAAAAGCAGCUGUUGUAUUUCCAAGAUAUGCUAGGAUACAAGAGUUUGAUUGA